CACCUCCAGGACCGCGGGGAACCAGAUGUAGAAGCGACGUGCCUUCGAAGCUUUGCAAGCCGGGGCAGACGAAACUGGGGCACGUCUUCUUAAAGUGGUUUUCUGCAGGUGUGUCACGGCACGCCUAGAGCGCCGCCGGGGAAUUGAAGAACUGGCAUGGGAGAGUAACUUGGCAACAGCACACCGUUAGGAGAAGAUCUUUUGGCUCUGAAGGAGAAAAAGAGAAAUCACUUCCUUGCAGUUUUGAAAGAUACCGUCUUUGAUGUAAUGAAAACAUACUUCAAUGGCCUAAUUUACAGUAGCCUUCAGAUUAUCUGCAUCGCCUGUCUAACACUGACCGUCAGUUGCAGAAAAAGUGGCACAAUAUGUUUAUGGAAUUUGCAGUCCAAUGUUUUAACAGGUGGUCCACCAUGACUGGCAAGAAAGCUAUCUUCGGACGGUGAUAAACCUGAAAAUGAGGUUCUUCGUUGUUAUCUCACUAUGAUGUCAGAAAUGAAUGCCAGCUGGACAUUCAACCUGGACAAAUCUACGGAUGCGUUGGGAACUGGCCUCUCUAGAAAGGGGCACAUCAUUGUGGCGGUUUUUCUUGGACUAAUAAUGAUUUUUGGCUUCUGGAACAAUUUGAUCGUCCUCAUUCUCUUCUGCAAGUUUAAAGUUCUCCGUAAUCCUGUGAACAUGAUGCUGCUUAACAUCAGUCUCAGCGACAUGCUUGUCUGCAUCUCUGGCACCACCAUCAGUUUUGCAUCCAACAUCUAUGGCAAAUGGCUUGGAGGGGAGUAUGGCUGUCGAUGGUAUGGCUUUGUCAAUUCUUGCUUUGGCAUUGUGUCCCUGAUUUCAUUGGCCAUUCUGUCUUAUGAACGUUACAGAACACUCACACUCUCCAGGAAACAUGGCUCUGAUUAUCAGAAGGUCCUGCUAGGAGUUGGUGGUUCCUGGUUCUAUGCUCUGAUUUGGACCGUGCCACCCCUCUUUGGCUGGGGCAGCUAUGGGAUUGAGGGGGCAGGCACCAGCUGUUCAGUUCAGUGGAGCUCGGAAUCAGUAGAGUCAGUAUCCUACAUCAUCUGCCUCUUCAUGUUCUGCUUAGUCAUCCCAGUAAUGGUCAUGAUAUACAGCUAUGGAUGCCUCUUCUAUGCUGUCAAACAAGUUGGAAAAAUACGGAAGAAUCCUGCCCGGAAACGAGAAUUCCAUGUGCUCUUCAUGGUGAUUACUACUGUCAUCUGCUUCCUGAUUUGUUGGAUGCCUUAUGGAGUUAUAGCACUACUUGCAACGUUUGGUAGGCCGGGCUCACUGACUCCAGUAGCAAGUAUCAUACCAUCUAUUCUGGCAAAGUGCAGCACUGUAUGUAAUCCAGUCAUCUAUAUACUUAUGAAUAAACAGUUCUACAAAUGCUUUCUCAUGCUUUUUCACUGUCAGCCUUCACCAGCGGAUAGAGAAACCAAAUGUCAGUCAAACAUUAUGGUCAUCCAGCUUUACCAGAAUGCAGACGCAGGAGUUACGUGUAAUAGCCAAGUACUUCCACAAACAGGUGAAAAAACGGUCUGUCUCCUGAGCAGAGAAUCAAGUAUGUAGCCAGCUUCAGACAGAAUAUCACAGCUGUCUAAGGAAAAUGCACUCUUGUAAAUGAGCACAAGCUGUCACCAACAUAUAAUCACCAACAUAUGUUACAUUUUUACUACCAAUCUGUUUCACCUUCCCUAAAGGAAUUUACUGUACUUUGACCAGGAAUGAAACAAAAUGUAUGGGUAUCACUCAUACAGAAGUAAUAGUAAUUACUGGGCUGAAAAACCAUGGGAAAAAGAUUAAAUAUCUUUGAAUAUCUUAUAAUCCAGCAAAGUCCAUUAAUCAAGCACAAUCCAGUAUGAAAGGUUUUUUGAAUCCCCUUCUUACAGUUCCCCCGACCCUUCCCCCCCAAACAACAAACACAGGGGUUUCAUCAAGCUUUGCAUGAUCCACCAACAUACAGGGUGGAGGACCAAUUAAGGGUGAGGGUUAGGGCUGGGUUCUUAACUUUUGUAUGAUAUGCUGUUUUUAAGAGAUGAUUUUAUGUAUGGGGAUGUUUUAACGUUGUAGCCGCCUUGAAAUCUUGGGGAUAGGAGGGGUUUACAUUUUAAAACUAAAUAAAUUCAUGGACAGCGAGCUAUGUAAGCCUGGAAUACAUGGAGUGGUUUCAACAGCUCUUCUCCUUCCUAUUUCCACAUUUUAUCCAGAUGAACUAGCAGCAGAAUGUGGAGAUUCUCCCCUUUCAAAAGAUGACUUGUUAAAAUCCUUGCAUAUAUAAAGGAACGUAUAUUAAAGGCCCUUAUUUAAAUUUAUUUUGUUUUUGGCAUCUACAAUUGCCCUAGAGCUUUCCCAUUUCCAGAAUGCAUCUUUUGCACACAGGAAUUUGUUUUUGUAAUUAACAAACUAAUUAAAAAGCUAUUUCAGAAGUCUGAACGCAAACAAAAUGAUUUAAUUUAUUUUGCACUAAUUCUCAUCCCAAAACAGUUAAAAAAAUUAAUACAAUUUGAAGGUUCGUCGUAAAUUCAACUCAGUUUCUAGUUUAGUAAUAGCUACGCUUCCAAACGUAAUUAAAAUUCAAAGUUUUCUCAAAGUGAUGAGAACAUACAAGUCCUCGUUCAUGGCCAUAUCUUUGAAGGGGGGGGGGAGUAUCUAAUUUUUCAGGGGGGUUAUUUUCUGGAAUUUGAAAUUAUUUCAGUGUACACAUCAAAUCUAUGUUACUUUCUUAUAGAAAAAUCUGCUUAACCUCCAAAGUUAGCCAAUCAACCCCAGCUGUUUGCAUCAGAGGCCCAUUACAGAAAUCUGACAGAAACAGGAAUAUGUGGUGGUCAUAGUCAUUGUUGCGAGACUGAUGGGAAAUCAGACUCUACACAGAGGACCCAGAGUAAGAGGAAGUUCUUUCAGCAACAAAUUUACACAGAAUUAGAAGACAGGAAACAGGCUUUUUGAGAACCUGGAAUUAGUUAAGGCCCUGACCUACAUAGCCACCCUAGACUAACCUGAUCUCAUCAGAUCUCUCAAGCUAAGUAGGGUUGACUUGAGCAAGUAUUUGGAUUGGAGACCUUUCAAACAAUACCAGGGUUGUGACAUGGAGGCAGGC